UUUGAAGGAACUGAGGUUAUGCUGAGGUUGGUUACUAGGGCUUUGGAGAUGGUGAAGGGGUUUGGGGAGGUGGCAGAUCUUGGAGAAGGAGGUUUUGGAGUGGUGGGGUAUCAUGAUGAGCUCUGACAAGUGGCGUUUGACAUUGAUAAGGCGAAGAGUUUGUUGGAAUAUGAGAAAAUAGAGGGUCUUCAAGACUCGAUUGAGGAGAUAUUUAUAGACUUAAGGAUGAAGAUCUGUUUAUUAAGUUUGCAACUGCUAUGAUUUCUUAUGAAGUGUUUAAAAGUGUUAUUUUCGAUGAAGAAGAGUUGCAGGAAGAACAAUGGAAUGUAUACGAAGCUUAUAAAGGAAAUAGUGAACUGAAGAAAACAAUUCAUAGACUUCAAGUUGAGAAAAAUAAUAUUUUAGCGCAGAAGAAUAGAGAGAUUUUACACAUGCAGAGGAGGUUAAACGGGAAAGAUGCUAAGAUUAAGCAAGUGAGAGAUGAAUUAGUAAGAGCCAAGAGGAGUUUGAAGAGGAGCCAGGAUGUUAUGGAGAGGUGUGAAGGACAAGAUUUUGAACAGACAGAUGAUAGUUACUCUGAAUGCUCAAAGGAAGAAUCUAAGAAUUAUAAAGAAGGAAGAUCUAAAAGAAAGAAGAAUGGGAAAUUCUCAAACGAGAAUUGAGGAAAAUCUGGAAAGAAGAAUGGGAAGAAUACUUAUAAAGAAGAACUUAAAGAAGAAAUGACGAAGCUUAAUGAUAUGCAGGCCCCUUUAAGCUCUUCUAAUAAAGUUAUUCUUCAAAUUGAUAAGAAAAUGGACACUCUAACUUCUAUGCUCCAAGAAUCUCAGAACUUGAGCAAAUCUCUUGUUUUUCAAAACGAUGUUAAGGAUAAAGAACUUAGCACGAAAAGCAAAGAGAUCAAGGCUAUCCAAAGGAAAGCAAAGUUGCAGGAAGAGAAGCUUACUAAGGAAAUAAUUGAGCUCAGAGAACAAUAUAGAUUCCUUAAGAAAUUCCAUAGUGAUAUUUCAAACUUCCCAAGUAUGAAGAUGAAGAUGAUCACAAUGAUUUAAACGCCUCUAAAUCCACUGCUUUUAUUAAUGAAGUCAUUGUAGAAUCAUAUAAGAGAGAAGAUGGCUACAUUAAGCAAAUUCGUGACAAAGAUGAAGUGAUCGACAGACUAAAGGCCCAAUUCGAUGUUAUUGAAAAGGAUCUUAUUAAAAAGCUUAAAAAUAAGGAUGCAACACUCUUGCAAAAUCAGAAUAAAAUACAAAAUCUAGAAA